AUGCCAACCGAACCGAUGACCUCCUUGAAGCUGCGCAUUCCCACCCAGAAGGUUGGCUACCUGAUCGGGUACCACGGCGAGACAAUCCGACGCAUCACUAGGGAAUUUGGCCUCCAGCAAAUUUACGUCGAAAAACACGACUGUCCAGAUGCGCCCGAGAUGCGCGAGGUAACGCUGUACGGGCCCGCGGCUGCCAUCGAACGCGCGACCCCGCAGGUUAUCGAGAUUACGUCAGAACGGUCGCUGGUUUGGAUGAAGCUGUCAACUGAAGGCGCCGGGCCCAGCCUCGACACGAUCAAGGACAUAAUGGCACGCACAUACGCCCAAAUCGACCUUUCGCGCGAUGAGCAAGACGGCAAGGUUCUGUGCAAGAUCAUUGGAAGUUGGCAGGCUAUCGCCGACACCCGGCGCGAGCUCGAGCUUCUGUGCGCCGAAGCUCCGCCAGCCCCUCCCCGCUGUCAA